UCAACUAUUCACACUAGCAACGCCAUUUUCGUCAUUUCAUACCCAAAGACGACGCGAGUUAGGAGUCAACUCCCUUCUACGACCGUUAGUCACCUCCAUGAACCCUUCCAUCCUUCCUCACCAUCUCCCUCCAAAACACCAGGAACUACAGCAUCGUCUCUUCCCAGGCCCAAUACAACACAAUCACAUACAACCACCCAAACACCCACAAAUAUACAAUCCAAAAAUAAAAAAAAAUAAAAUAAAAUCCCAAGUCUAACCUCACCAAUCUCAUCAAAUCACUCACAUGCCGACUAAGGGAACGAGGAAUCUCUUCUCCCACCACCACUCAAAAUCUCCUUCCUCUUCCAUCCCCUCUCCUUCCCAUACUCGGUCCUCCCCUUAUCACUCCCAUACUCGUCCCUCCUCUCCUCUCCAUCUCUCCUCCGAAUCGUUGCUGGACGGAACCAUUGCUACCGCCGAAUCCAUCAUCACCAAGUGGGACCCAGACUCAUCUUCCUACUCUAAGAUCACAUCUCUCUUCUACGAAAACCGCCGUGAAGCGAGAGAAUUCCUACAAUCAGUGAGAGAACUCCAGCAAUCAAUGCAUUCCUACGUGAACCAUAACUCCAGCUCUCAGAAGCUCGUCCACGCUCAAACUCUCAUGCAGACCGCAAUGAAACGGCUCCAGAAGGAAUUCUAUCAGAUCCUAGCCACUAAUCGAGAUCAACUGGACCCAGAGUCUGUAUCUGACUGCAGCUCGACUGGGACGAGAUCAACCCUGUCAGAUUAUGAAGAUGAUGUGGGGUCCGAGGAUGAGAUCCAAAUUGCCGGGAACUCAAUACAGGAGGUUGAACGGGGGGCAUCAAUGGCCGUGGCAGAUCUCCGGGCCAUUGCUGACUGCAUGAUCUCAUCUGGGUAUGGCAAGGAAUGCGCAAAGAUAUACAAAAUCAUGAGAAAAUCGAUCGUGGAUGAAGGAAUCUAUCGGCUUGGCUUCCAACAGAUGAGUUCCAAACAUAUACAGAAGAUGGACUGGGAGGUCUUGGAGCACAAGAUCAAGAACUGGGUGAACGUGUCGAAGAUUGCUGUUAAAACACUCUUCUACAGCGAACGGAUCCUAUGUGAUUACGUCUUCACAACCUCAAACACGAUCAAAGAAUCCUGCUUCUCUGACAUCGCCAAGGAUGCUGCGACCCACCUCUUUGCAUUCCCAGAAGCUGUCGCAAAAUGCAAGAAAUCACCUGAGAAGUUGUUCCGAUUCUUGGACCUCUACAACACAAUCUCCGACCUCUGGCCCUAUAUAGAGUUCAUCUUCUCCUAUGAGUCGACAUCCACCAUCAAAACACAGGCCAUCAACUCUCUCAUCAAACUCGGCGAUGGAAUCCGAACCAUGCUAGCUGAAUUCGAAUCAGCAAUGCAGAAGGAUUCAACACGAUCACCCAUUCCAGGCGGUGGGCUCCACCCACUGACCCGUUAUGCAAUGAACUAUUUAUGUUUCCUCGGCGACUAUAAACAAGUACUUGAAGAUAUCUUUGCUGACUAUCCAUUAAAAGUGCAGCAUCCAAUGCCGGAGACAAUGCUCCAAAAUUCACUCACAACAGAGAAUCUGCUGGCAGCAAUUUCGACCAGACUCGAAUGGUUGAUCUCGGUCCUUCUUUGCAAGCUGGACGGAAAAUCCAAGCUCUACAAAGAUGUUGGAUUGUUGUAUCUCUUCCUCGCUAACAAUCUACAACACGUUGUAUCAAAAGUACGCAGCUGUGAUCUACGGCACAUACUCGGUGCUGACUGGAUUUCGAAGCAUGAGUCGAAAGUCCGGCAGUAUGUGGCGUAUUACGAGCGGAUGGCAUGGAUCAAGGUGGCUUCCACAUUGCCACAGAAUCCAACCGCCGAGAUGGCACCCAAAAUGGUAAAAGAGCAUUUUCGGGAGUUCAAUUCAGCCUUCGAAGCCACAUAUCGUAGCCAAUCUAGUUGGGUUGUGCUGGAUGGAAAAUUAAGGGACGAGAUUAAAGUUUCGGUGGGCAAGAAGAUCGUGCCAGUGUAUCGGGCAUUUUAUGAAAAGAAUCGGGUUCUGUUGAGAGGUGACAGACGCAAUUUUGUGAGAUUUGCUCCAGAAGAUUUGGAGAAUUAUUUAUCGGAUUUGUUUCAUGGGAACGAAAUUUCGGGUUCCGGGUCCGUAUCUGUUUCAUCUUCACACUUGCAGGGGUCGACGUGAUGGACAUUUUAUACUGUUUUUUUUAUACGUUUGUACUUGAUCUUGUAUGAUAAUACGGGAAGGUCAGCCAGUUUUUGUGGCGUGAGCUACCUCUUCAAUUUAUUCACAUUUCUAACUAUUUUCUUUCUUCGCCGUAGCUUUGAUGGCCACUAAUUAGAUGGAUAGUAUUAUUUAAUUGGUGCGAUUUUUCAUGUUUAAGCCAUCUGUCGGGGCUAGACCCGAUUCAGACGUCACCUGGAUAUUGAGGGCGGAUCCUCUGCAAA